CACACUAGGUUACCAUGGACACCUGAAAAUGUUGAUACCUCUGUUAGUGGGAUGGCUUAUCCGGUUGCAAAUUUCAACGAUCAGUUGCGAAGUGAUUUUUACCGCUAUUUAACGUUGGACUUGAGCACAUAUUUGCAGUCAAUACAAGGGAUAGUCGAUUUGAAAUUGGACGAGAAAUAUGGCUGCGAGACUCUUGCUUUGCUACAUUGGGAGCAGUUGCAUUCCAUUUUAUUGCCCGAUGAGGUUAAGAAUUUUUACUUAGCUUCCAACGGAUUUGAAUUAACCUGGAAAUUUCGCAUAGCUGAUCAUAAUUAUCCUGUGGGGAAAAUGCAUAUCAACGUACUUACGGAGUUGUGUCCGGUCAAUGAGCCUUUUAAAAGCCCUGAUAAAUAUGAUGGAUCUACGCGUUUGUUUGUAAUUGAUACCAAUUUUUCUCAAGGAAGUGUCGUUCUGCUGAUAACAAAAGGCACGAUGAACAGCUCAGUUCAUUACCUGAGUAGUCAAGGGCAACUACAUCAAAUAGCCGAAAGUCUAACCGCUUAUCUCCGUCUUAUGUUGCUUUAUAUGGGCCUGCCUGAUUGGCCACUAGUCCACCUGAAAAUGGAACUUUCUUACUGGAACAAAGUAUCAACGACCUUCAUGCACUUUAUUGUUAACAAGCCCAAUUGUAUGCCUACUUCGCGCCAUACCUUUCCCAUCCCAACUGGAAAUCAGAGGAAACGGAAAAUCGGACUGCUUAUCCAGUCAACGUACUCGAUAAGAGCAUUUUCAAAGCAAACAAAACACCAAGAUAAUUAUUUGUAAACGUGGAGGAAGGACAUAGCAAUAAACUGGGUGUCGUAAUAGACUAUCGCCAA